CAAGGUUUUACAAUUUUUUUUUGUUCUGUUUUACGUGAUUUUUCCGACAAUCUUAAAAUGACCAUUGGUUUCCUUUUUCGAAACUUUGCGUUGGACUCUAUAACACGUCAUCCGUUAUCGUGUCAUAUUAUAGUGUGACAGCUAACCUUACUAAAUGAUAACAGAUGUUUAUUACACUUUCGUGGAUCAAGUCACAUCAGUAUCAACCGGUUUCGAGUUGAAAGUGUGGGCAAUACACCUCGCAUUUAAUCAACCUGAAACUCUUAUCUAGAAUAUAUAGCGGAAUGUUAGUCAUUUCGAGAUUAGUGACCACAAAUGGCCUUGUUUCUCAGGGAAGAUGUAUUGCAAGGACGUUAUCCACCAGCAGAAUAUCAUAUACCGAGAAGAAAUAUGUGGAGACAACAGAGGAAAACGGGGUCAGAACUAUCCGAUUGAGCGACCGUUCCUCGCUCAACUCGCUAUCGUUGGAGAUGCUGAGGAUUCUGGUGAAGGAGAUCAAAAGGGACGAGGACAGUAAGGAUCUUCGGUCGAUUGUGCUGACGUCUGAACCAGGAAAAGUGUUUUCCGCCGGACACAACCUGAAGGAACUGACAUCUUCAAGUGACAAGUCGCACAAGGACGUGUUCGAAACCUGUUCGGAACUGAUGCGGACCAUCAACCAGAGUCCGGUGCCGGUGAUUGCAGCGGUUGACGGUUUAGCAGCUGCAGCUGGCUGUCAACUGGUCUUGGCGUGUGACAUCGCGGUGUGCACGGAAAGAAGUUCGUUCUCCACUCCAGGAGUGAGUCUGGGAAUAUUUUGCUCGACACCGGGCAUACCGCUAGUACGCAAUGUGCCGAGAAAAAGCGCAAUGUACAUGCUUUUCACAGGGCUUCCUGUUUCCGGCAGAGAAGCUUACGAGUGCGGUCUCGUCAGCAAAGUCGUAUCGAAUGAUAAGCUUGAGGAGGAAGUCCGUCGAAUUACAGAUGCAAUUAACAUGAAAAGCCGUUCGGUUGUCCACAUUGGCAAAACAUUCGUGUACGAGCAAAUAGAGCUCGAUUUAUCGACAGCGUACUCUUUGGGCACUGAAAAAAUGGUGAACAACUUGAAAAUGAGAGAUGCGCAAGAAGGAAUACAGAGUUUUUUAGAAAAGAGAAAACCAAAUUGGUCACACGACUAUGAGAAAAAUUAAUUUUUUAUACUCACAAGAAUACGAAAACUUUUAUAUACGAAAACUUUUAUAUACGAAAAC